CCAAGGGCCUGGCUUGUGGUAACAAGGCAGAAGAAGAUCCUCAGCAUCACCUCACAAUAUAAAGUGGAAAGCCAUGUGAGAAACUCAGAGAUCAACUGGUCAGCCAACCCAGAAAGCAAGAAAAUAAAAAGCUUCCACUCCUCCCUCAAAGACAUUCUCACUACAGCCAACGGGCCUUUAAGAAAACCAGUAAAGAAUUAUCGAGAUGUCUGGUGCUCUCCUUUGGGUGAUUUGUCCCAAAGAGAAUGCCGGUUUUGCUGCAACAACUUCGUACAGUUUAGUCCCAAAAAUUCGCGCACAAGUAAGAAGUCAUAACUCCAAAGGGUGUUCAAGACUCAAUUUCUCUUCUGGGGUUUUUGCUGCCGCUUCCCUUUCAAGUGCAGUGGCAAACCCACCAAGAUCUUCAGUUGAGAAGGUGUACGAGGUUGUUCUAAAGCAAGCUGCUUUGGUGAAAGAACAGAAAAAAGAGAGAGCUUUGGAUGUUAGAAAAGAAAAGGGUCAAACUGAUAGUAUGACUCGUGGGGAUCUGCUGAAUGGGGCGUACAAUAGGUGUGGCGAGGUCUGUGCUGAGUAUGCCAAGACCUUUUACCUGGGCACAUUACUGAUGACACCAGAGCGACGAAGAGCUGUCUGGGCAAUUUAUGUGUGGUGCAGGAGAACUGAUGAGCUUGUGGAUGGCCCUAAUGCAUCACAUAUCACACCCAAAGCUCUCGACAGAUGGGAGCAAAGGCUGAAUGAACUUUUCGAAGGUCGCCCAUAUGAUAUGUACGAUGCUGCUCUAUCAAACACUGUCUCCAAGUACCCUGUUGAUAUACAGCCCUUCAAGGACAUGAUAGAAGGAAUGAGAAUGGACUUGAAAAAGUCGAGAUACAAGGACUUUGAUGAGCUUUACCUGUACUGCUAUUAUGUUGCCGGGACAGUGGGGCUAAUGAGUGUUCCAGUAAUGGGAAUAGCACCGGAAUCCAAGGCCUCAACAGAAAGCGUCUACAAUGCGGCUUUAGCCCUUGGGAUAGCUAAUCAACUAACCAAUAUACUCAGAGAUGUUGGAGAAGAUGCUAGGAGGGGAAGAAUAUAUCUCCCACAAGAUGAGCUCGCUCAAGCUGGCUUGUCUGAUGAAGACAUUUUUAAUGGGAAAGUGACAGACAAAUGGAGGAGUUUCAUGAAGGUACAGAUAAAGCGUGCAAGAAUGUUCUUCGACGAGGCUGAGAAGGGUGUUGCAGAACUCAAUGAUGCUAGUAGAUGGCCGGUAUGGGCAUCUUUGCUGCUAUAUAAGCAGAUAUUAGAUUCUAUCGAAGCAAAUGACUAUGAUAACUUCUCAAAGAGAGCUUAUGUGGGAAAAACAAAGAAAUUUGCAUCAUUGCCUGUAGCCUAUGGUAGAGCACUCAUGGGUGGUUCUUCUAAAUUCGCCAAGCCAGCAAGUAGUUGAUCACUUCGAUUUUUUGCCCUUGAAUUUAAUUGCUAUGUUACAAAAAAAGAAAAAAGAAAAAACCAAGUCUCAAAGCUAUAAAUUCCCUGCUUAUUUCAUAUGUGAAAUUAAAAAAGAAGAAGCAUAGCAUUGGUUAAUUUUUGCAAUGUCUUUCACCUUUCACUCAACAGAUCGUAGAGGAGCAUUGGUAGCAUUUGUAAUAGAUAAAUUUAUUCUUUUCAUGUCACUUUAAUCAAAUGUCUGUCAUUUGUAUAUUUAUCAUUUUUAUCUCAGGACACAACCAGAUGUAACCUUAUUUACCUUCUAUAUCAAAUAACUAGGAUUCUUUA